AUGAAAACACGGCGGCAGCACGUCUCCGAUGAUGAUGUAACCAUUUCCCGACAAAAUGCGCGACCGCAGACCUCAGCAAAUGGUGGAGAAAACGCAUUGGCCAUCCCAAUUGAUCUCGUUUGCGAGAUAUGCUCGAGGUUGCCGGCGAAAUCAGUAGCGAUAUGUAGCUGUGUGUCGAAGCUCUGGGCCUCCACACUUGGUCUUUCCUAUUUUACUGAGUUGUUCUUCAGCAGAUCAUCGGCUCGGCCGCAGCUAUUGUUCGCCUACCAAAAUCACGGCGGGUUCUUCUUCUUCUCCUCGCCUCAAAAUCAUCCCGAUGAGGACUCGUCUUCUGUUGUAGCUGCCAAUCGUCUUACGCAUUUCCCCUUUGAUAGUUACUGUAAAAUUGGUGGUAUUGUCCAUGGCUUGGUCUGUCUUGUAGAUAAGCGGAUCUCAAAGGGAAGGACAGAAACGGUGGCGGUGAUAUGUAACCCUAGCACAGGAGAAUCCUUACCUUUACCAAAAGUGAAGACGAUGAAACUUAAUGGGAGAAGCUUUAUGGGAUAUGAUCCGAUUGGUAAACAAUUCAAGGUAUUGUCCAUGACCUGGCCACGUUAUGGAAGAAGACUAACCUUGAUCGAGUGUAGUCUCCCCAAUCAUUCUGUAUAUGAUGAAACUGGAAUAUGCAUCAGUGGUGGUUUGUAUUUUCAAGCUUCGGUUAAUAGGGUUUCUAAGGUAAUUUGCUUUGAUGUAAGGUCUGAAAAGUUUACAGUUAUUAACCUUGAUAAAGGUAUGGUGUCUUGGCCUGAGCCAACUCUGGUUAACUACAAGGGUAAAUUAGGUUCACUUGAAGUUGAAGUGUCAGAGAUUGAGUAUAUGACAGUUACUGGAGAUACUAAAUAUUGUCUUCAGUUGUGGGUUUUAGUAGACGCAGAGAAACACGAAUGGUUAAAGCAUAGGUUCUUAUUGCCCACUUUGUGGAAGAAUGUAGUUGGGAAGUUACACGUUGUUGGAGUGACCGUACAAAUGAAAUUGUGUUGUCGCCGUAUUAUCCCUCCGGCCCUUUUUAUGUUUUCUACUACAAUUUCGAGAGCCAUACUGUCAGAAAAGUUGAAAUGCAAGGAAUUGAUGUAG